UACCCUCCACCACCUCUUAUUCUCUUCUCAGUUCUCAGUGCUAUGGCUCACUCCCAACCUGCACCAACAUAAAGAAGUAAAGAGCCUCCCUAACCACCUAGCACCAGCGAGAAUAGGGAGAAAGAGAGCCUGCAAAAUUCUCAUACAGAUACACAGUCUCUCUCUCUCUCUCAACCUUCUCUUCCUCCAUUCCACCAUUUCUCCCACCUCUGAUCCGUUCAUGUAGCAACCAGAAAAGCAGCAAAAAGGAGGCGGAGAUGGCUUAAUUGCCGCUUAAAACUCCCAAAACCACCAUGAAAAAGAGCUUCUUUGGCCCCUAGGUUGCUGGCAUUUCGUGUCUCUUUUUCCGUCACCUGCUCGUAUUGCUUUCUCUCAUCCCAAGGCGACGAGGGAAUAGGAAGCUAGAAAGCUCACCUGCAGCUUUGCUCAUGGCCUAGCUCAGGCCGUAGCUGAACGCCUAUGUGUCAGGGAGCCUGAAUCCUGUCCGGUCCUUUCACUUCUUCCUCCUCGCUCUUCCUUGUGGUGUCUUGCUGGUCUCUGGAGAGUGGAGAGCGGAAGUCUCCAGCGCUUGGUCUUCAAUGGUGGGCGUAGGCGCUGGCCUGGGCUUGGUCAUGGAAGGUACCAGCUGUGGUGCUCUGCUCAAGGAGCUUCAGCAAAUUUGGGCAGAGGUAGGAGAAAGUGAGGUUGAGAAAAACAAGGUGUUGCUGGACAUCGAAAGAGAGUGCUUGGAAGUCUACCGCAGGAAGGUGGACGAUGCCAAUCGGGCUAGGGUCCAGCUGCACCAGUCAGUGGCUGCCAAAGAGGCUGAAGUUGCAUCUCUGAUGGCAACUCUAGGGGAGCACAAGCUGUACAUGAAGAAAGACAAGGGCAUUGUAUCGCUCAAGGAACAACUCGCCGCUGUCGUUCCAGUAUUGGAGAACUUGAAAUGCGAGAAAGAGGAAAGGAUCAAACAGUUCUCUGACAUUCGAUCGCAGAUCGAUAAGAUCCGCUUUGAGUUAAGCGAAUAUAAUGAUCAGGGUGAUAACGAGAGCAGUCUUGCUGAGGAUCAACAUGACUUGUCAACAAGGAAGCUCAACAGUUACCAAGCACAGCUUCGUGCCCUUCAGAAAGAUAAGUCUGAGCGCCUUCGCAAGGUUCUGGAGUAUAUAAAUGAAGUGCACUCUUUAUGUAUAGUCCUUGGAAUCAAUUUUGGAACUACUGUAAAUGAAAUUCAUCCUAGUUUACAUCAGAAUGGUGUUGAGCAAUCCAGAAACAUCAGCGAUAGCACACUGGAUGGCCUUGCUAGUACUAUAUCCAAGCUAAAAGCAGAACGGAAGUCUCGAAUCCAGAAGAUGAGAGAGACGAUGGAAUCACUGUGCCAACUCUGGAAGCUUAUGGACUCGCCUGAGGAAGAGAAGCGGCAAUUUAGCAAAGUAAUGAGCGUUCUCAUAUUACCAGAGGAGGGAAUCACAUCAUCUGGCGUUCUCUCCCAGGAAAUAAUCGAUAAGAUGGAAGCUGAAGUUGAGAGGUUAACAAAACUAAAAACCAGCAGACUGAAGGAUAUUGUCAUGAAAAGGAGGAGAGAAUUAGAAGAGAUCUGCCAAAAUGCACACAUAGAACCUGAUGUCAGCACGGCCCCUGAACAAACUGAUGCUCUGAUCGAUUCUGGCCUCAUCGACCCCUCUGAGCUCCUGGCAAAUAUUGAGUCACAGAUAUUAAAAGCAAAAGAAGAGUCCCUUAGCCGAAAAGAUAUAAUGGACAGGAUAAAUAAGUGGAUCGCUGCUUGUGAUGAAGAGGCUUGGCUUGAAGAAUAUAACCAGGACCCAAAGCGGUAUAGUGCUGGAAGGGGUGCUCACAUAAACCUUAAGCGGGCCGAAAAGGCACGGAUUUUGGUCACAAAAAUCCCAAGUAUGGUGGACAACCUGAUAAACCGGACCUUUGCUUGGGAAAACGCAAGAAAUAAACCCUUUCUCUAUGAUGGGGGGCGCCUAAUAUCUGUUCUUGAAGAGUACAGACUUAGCCGGCAACAGAAAGAAGAGGAAAAACGACGAUACCGGGACCAGAAGAAGUUGGAGAGCAUCCUACUCGCAGAGAAAGAAGCGAUUUUUGGCUCUAAACCAACCCCAAAGAGGACGAGCAGCUUAAAUAGGAAGACAAAUGGGUACCGGCCAAAUGGAAACGCUAAUGGACUCAAGACUCCAACUCCUCGGCGAUCAUCUCUUGGCAGUGCUACUCCUGAGCUUCUGACGCCCAGAUCGUACUCUGGCCACAAUAGAUACUUUGGUGAUUUGAGGCGGCUAUCAACUUCUCAUCUGAACUUCGGUGAUGAUUCGCUGUCAACAUUUACAUCCAUCAGUGGCUCUGAACCGGAAUCCCCUUCUCUUGGAUGAACUCCAUACUGCUGGAUGAUUGGAUGAUCUGAUUAGCCAAGUAUUGAGUAUUGUAAAUGGAGAGCACUAUAGUAUGUACAUUCCUGAUGUUAUAUAUCUAGCUCGGAUUUGACUACUAAGUAUUGGGUUGGUAGACUUGGUUUGGGUUGGGUUUGGAGUUGAAUUGUUUCAAGCCGUUGGCUCUGUAGAUUGACGAUUAGGCGAAAGAUGUAGGGAGUGAUUUGGAUUUGGGCAGUCAGCCCAGCUGUAACAUAUCAUAACUUAUGCGAUUGGCUUGUGUGCUGCAGCCUUGACCAAGGGCUAUGAAAAAUCUAUGUACAGAUUCUAGUGCUCCAGUA